ACUCCAGCUUUCGAAACCGUGAACAGCAGGCUACCCGCCUGAUUUCCAAGAAUCCCUGGAUGAUGUGAAUGUCAAACUAUGAUGCAGCGAAGCGCGUAUAGGGUUAUUUUGCACAAAGAUAUAUAUCGUCUGCAUUGAAGCAAGGUAAGGACUUAUCUUCUAUCAUCAGUAUAUAUUCUACCUGUUUUGUGAGUUGACCCCAAACACGAAACAAACUCACAUUCCAUCAUGGCUACUUCAAUUGAGCAAUAUACCAUUUCUGUACCGGAACCAGACAUCCAAAAGCUCAAUGACAAACUCGACAGCGCCAUUUUUCCUGAUGAACUGGACGAAGCAGAAUGGGAUUAUGGUUCACCACUCAAUGAUAUCCAGCGACUAACAAAAUACUGGUGCCAUGACUUUGACUGGCGCAGUGCCGAAGAGAAACUCAACAAACUCCCUCACUUUGUCACCCAAGUCCAAUGUGAAGGCUAUGAAUCCCUCAAAAUUCAUUUCCUACACAAAAAGUCCACUGUUAAAGGAGCAAUACCUCUAAUCUUCGUCCAUGGGUGGCCGGGCAAUUUUCUCGAAGCCACCAAAAUUAUCGACUCCUUGUCCUCGUCGAAAGAUGGCCAGGUCUCUUUCCACGUUGUCGCACCCUCACUACCAAACUUUGGCUUCUCGGAAGGAACCAAGAAACGAGGCUUCGCGAUCAAUCAAUACGCCGAGACCAUGCACAAAUUAAUGCUUCGACUAGGGUACAGCGAAUACGUCACACAGGGAGGAGACUGGGGCUGGUCUAUCACUCGAGCUAUGUCUCUACUUUACCCUCAACAUUGCAGAGCUACACAUCUGAAUAUGGACGCUGCGGACCCUCCCACAUUCCUGAAGCACCCAUUCCUCGCCAUCGAGGCCGCCCUGCGCCCCUUGUCCGAGCGGGAAAAGCAAGGCGUCGCGCGAAGCGAGUGGUUUGAGAAGGAAGGCUUUGGGUACAAUCUCCAGCAGCGCACAAAACCUCAGACUCUUGCGUACGGUCUUGCCGACAGUCCCGUGGCACUUUUGGCGUGGAUCUACGAGAAAUUGCACGAUUGGACAGACAGCUACCCCUGGACCGACGAAGAAGUCUGCACCUGGAUCUCCAUCUACUGGUUCAGUACCGCUGGUCCAGCCGCGAGCUGUAGAAUCUACCACGAGACGGGCCGGAGUGGACCCUGGGGAGAGAGAUUGACCAGGGACACGCUUAAACAGUGGCAGCCUGUUAAACUUGGACUCAGUCAUUUCCCACGCGAUAUCAGUGUCAUGCACAGUGCGUGGACUAGGACACUGGGAAACUGUGUCUUCGAGAAAGAUCAUACAAAUGGUGGGCACUUCGCUGCCUGGGAGCGCCCCGAGGACAUUGUGUCCGACUUGCGAGAGAUGUUCGGCAAGGGAGGCGGUGCGUAUGGAGUGGUAGAUGGGAAGACUGGUUAUUGAGUAACAUACGUGUCAAUGCAUUUAGGCACUGACAUGAAGCGUUGACGGGCGUGACUGAUAUUGGCAA